CCGAAAAAUAUGCAAUGUGCGUCACGAUGCGCGAUGAAUAUCACAAUCACGAACAAUAAUGGGCAACGGGCAACGCACCGCAACGCUCUCUGUGAUAAUUUGAUUGGUCAACGAAACACGGUUCAACAUGGAGUACCUGGAUACUGCAAAAAAUGAUAACAAUGACAGCUGUUGCAACUCAUCUCCUUGUCCGGAACUCACGUCGAAUUCAAAGUCCAUUGAAAAUUCAGCAACAGAUACAAAAGAAUCUACGAUGGAAAGCGAAAACAAUAUCACUGUUUUACAGGAUACAUCUGUGACUACCUUGCAAGAGCCAUCCACAGAGAAUGUAGACUUUACAGCGAUUUACAACAAACAGAAGAUUAGUAUAAAUUUUGCUUUAGAUAGCACAGUUGCCGAAUUAAAGACACAUUUGCAAAAAAUUAUCUCAGUACCACAAGCGAUGCAAAAAGUUAUGUUUAAAGGAUUAGCUAAAGAUGAUCAGACCCUUAGGAACUUGGGAGUAACUAAAGGUGCCAAAAUCAUGAUAGUUGGAUCAAAGUUAGACGAUGUAUUGGCUGUAUCGAUUCCAACAAAACAAGAUCUCAUUGAUGAAACUGUUUCUUCAGUGAGCAAAGAACCUCUUUCGCAACAAAAAAUUCAUAGGAAAGUUUUAGACAAAGGUAUUCCAGAAGACGUGAUGCCGGGUAUACUAGAUAGCAAGGAACCUUUGCCCGAAUUUCCAUUAGCUGGAAUGUUAAAUAAAUCUGGAGGAAAAGUUAGACUAACGUUUAAAUUGGAACAAGAUCAGCUUUGGAUCGGCACAAAAGAAAGAACAGAUAAAAUACCAAUGAAUUCGAUAAAAGGUGUUCACAGUGAACCUAUUCACGAUCAUCCCGAAUAUCAUAUUAUGGCGAUACAAUUAGGCACUACGGAAGCAUCAAGAUAUUGGAUAUAUUGGGUUCCUGCACAGUACAUAUCUGCUAUUAAGGACGCUAUUCUUUAUGGCAAAUGGUGUUACUUCUGAUUGAUAAUUACUGGAAAUUUCGAUUUCUGUAAAGGCUUAAUCGGGUGUAAACAUUGAUAUGAACAUUGCUGUUACAUUGACAUAAAAACUGUCAGCUAGUCACACACAUUUCUAACAGUAAGUAAUAAUUUAUUUUGAGUUGCAUUAUCAUCGCGCGAAGAGUACCCAAUAAAUAUAGUCUGUCCCGUUAAGAAAAUAAUUUAGGUGACUAGUCUUGUUUUAUUGGGAUAAAAAUAUAUAAUCACAUUAUA